AUGGCAGAAAAGGGAGAGCAAAAGACGGCCACCGCAGCCCCUAUACUGCAGAAUGAUGAUCAAGCCGAAGGCACCGUAUUCAUGAGUAAGGACGAGGCACAUUUGGCAAGUCUAGGCUAUAAGCAAGAAUUCCGGCGUCACCUUGGCAUGUUCGAGAGUUGGGCUGCUACAUUUCAGUCAAUGAACACUAUCACUGGCAUUCCAGUACUGUUCGGUUGGAUCAUGUACACGGGCGGUCCGACGUCCGCAUUCGCCAAUUGGACAAUGGUCGGCGGCUUUUCAUGCCUUGUCGCCCUUAGCCUUGCCGAGAUUGCUGCUGCUCUACCAACCGCUGGUGGAAUCUACUUCUGGUCUUACAGUCUAGGCGGCGAGAAGUGGGGCCCGUUCCUUGCCUGGAUGACGGGGUGGUGGAACUUCAUUGGUAGGUGGCCGCGAGCAUGCUGGGUCUGUGUGGUUCCGGGAGUACAGCAAGGCUCGACCAACUUCCUACUAUGUGCUAUCGAAAUCGCCUACCCCAAUGCGGAGAUAGUAUCGAAGGGCUGGUUCGCAUGGCUUCUGACGGCAAUCGGUAUGUUUGUUGCUAUGGCACCGAACGUCAUCUCCCAAAGAGUGCUGCGGCUCUACUUCCGCUUCGCAACCCUGAGCUUCUUCACAUUGUUCCUCCUGUACUGGAUAUGGUUUCCCAUAGCCGCAGCGAAGCGCGGACACUUCCAGUCAGCCGAUGGAGUCUUCAAGCACUUCUAUAACGGCAUCAACAUAGGCGAACAGAAGCAGGCAUCGGAUGCAUAUACUUGGGUCAUUGGUGUCCUGUUCGGUGCUUGGGUGUUCUUCGGUUACGAUGCUAGCGCUCACCUUGCUGAGGAGACUCACAACGCUUCCGCCGUAGUCGCGAAAGGCAUGUGGACCUCGACACUGUCCGGCUGGGUGCUUUCCGUGCCUACCGUGGUUGUUGUGCUCUUCUGCAUGCAGGACUUUGACAGCAUCAUAAGUGCUACGUACACCAACAAUUGGGCGGAGUAUAUGGUACAGCUUAUCGGUCCGAGGGGCGCCAUAGCCAUCUUCAGUAUACUCUGGAUCGAUUCGACUUGCUGUACCGCUGCAUGCUUCUUGAGCGCGCAGCGAGUUACCUUCGCCAUUUCCCGUGACGGCAUCUUACCCGGCUCGAAGAUCUUCCGAAGACUCAGCCGAAAUAAGAUGCCGGUCAACGCGGCCUAUUUGGUAUGCGCCCUUAGUAUCGCCAUCACAUGCGCCGUUAUCGGCAGUACAGUCGCUUUCAGCGCCAUCACUGCAACCGCAACAAUUGCUACGAAUUUCAGCUACCUCUUCCCAAUCCUGGCUCGACACACCGUUGGCCGUACUACCUUUAAGCCAGCCGAAUGGAAUCUCGGUCGCUUUUCGCUGCCAAUCGGCAUCGUCGCAGGAACGUACAUCUUGUUCCUCUUCAGCGUGUUGCUCUUGCCGCAGCUGUAUCCUGUCACCGCUGAGACAUUGAAUUACGCACCGAUCUGCAUCGGCAUUGUCACCACGAUCAGUCUGGUGGGUUGGUUUCUCCCGUUUGGUCUGGGUGGUCGGUAUUGGUUCACUGGACCUAAGCGUACGAUUGAUCAAGCAGACUCGAGAGAUACUGGGGAGAAGGUGUCGGCAUGA